AUGGCAGAACACUCUGCCGCCCGCGACCAGCUCGCCACGUCUCUCCCGGAACCAACCACAUUUCUAACAGGCCACAACGACGCCGGAGAGGCUGUCAUUCACUCGAGCCGCCAGAUCAAAUGGGCCAAGUUCGCCGAUGACAAACUUGAAAUGUCUGUUGCGUAUACUACAUCCUUUCCAGCGGACCUGAACGACGAUGCCGAUGUUGCCGCCCACGAUGCUAAGCUGGCUGCUGGUCCGAUUGGUCUUGUGAAAGGAGGCGGCACGGUGCUGCGAUACGUUGACUUCGCGCCCGGCUAUGAGUGCCCGAUGCACCGAACGCAGUCAGUCGAUUACGGUAUCGUGAUCGAGGGCAGCGUAGUCAGCGUUCUGGACAGCGGAGAGACGACAUUGAUGAGGCGCGGCGAUGUUAUGGUGCAGAGGGCAACAAUGCAUGCUUGGCGCAACGCCAGCGAUACCGAGUGGGCGAGAAUGAUAUUUGUCCUGCAAGAUUGCAAACCUCUUACCGUCGCUGGAAAGAGGCUAGGGGAAGAUCUAGGGGAGGGUACGAAGGCAGUACCAGCUAGUGGAAAUGAUGUCUAG